UCGUUAAAUCUAAUGGCACUAAUCAUUAUGCACUCAUACUGUAGCAUUACAUAAGACUUUGAAGAAUAAAAACAAAAUGAAGCGAAAUAUCGUACACAAUACCACGCUGAUUACAGCUGCUGUUGCGUUGGCACUGUUCCACAAUGCAACGGACGGAGUGUAUGCCGCUAAGGGUAUUAAUGAUACAAUCACUAAUGCAUUCAGAGCCGUAAAUGAGUAUGUAUUCGAAGCCAAAACAAUCCAGUAUGUUAAGCCGGAAGAUUUCGAGCCUGAGGAUGAUAUUUUACGAGUUGUAGAUUUAUACCCAGGAGACUCUUUGAAAUAUUCGUGUGGAAAAGAAGCGUCCUCUACUAUGGGAACAUUUAUGUUACAUCCCUCUAACCCCAAAACCCAUAUUCUACUUCCGAAAGGGGAUGAACCAGUAGAUGUAGCAUCAAAUCGUGUUUAUCCUAAUCACACCAUCUACCGUUCGGAUAGGGAAUUGGUGAUAAGUACCUUCCGAAGUAUGGGACUUGACCACCUGCUCAUCGAUUACGCCCGUGACACCAAAAUUGUAGCGAAAGACAAUAAGAAUUUUAGCUUGAAUCUGCUGUGUAUUUUUAUACCUUCAGAUGUAAAUGGCUCAGCAAAAUUCCGUUGGUUGCAAAUCAACUUCAAAAAUGUUUUACCCAUACCAUAUGGCUGUGGCAGCGCUGGUUAUCAUAUGUUUAAAAAUUCAAUACCCAUAGGCCCGGAUACGCCACAUGAUAAAGUUUUAGAAGCGGCUCAAUGUGAAAUAGAAGCAGAACCAAAUAUGAUACUAGGUAUAUAUUGUUCAAAGGAUGAUUAUGUAUACCCUGAUGACUGCUUCCGUCAGGUAAUAGGGAUGGAUGGUAAGAGAAUUAUGUUCAAUCAAUUUCGGGAGUACAGUUUCCCUCACAACCUGAUUGAUGGUAAUAUGAGGCUUAUGAAAUUAAGUCCCAAGGCUUUUAAUCAUGAUAUGUCCUUUUCAUGCCAAUGCAGAAACAAAGACGAUAAAAUCACAUCAAUCAUGAAGGUUAACCUAAGAAAAACGGAAACGUGCGAUUUUGUCCAAAUUAUGGAUAUAUACCGCAGAUAUGGAAAUUGGCCCCGUAAGGUAUGUCGUAAAACGUUGUCAACUAAUAAAGUUAUUAAAAUUAUCAUUCCAAAAUCGGAUGGCAUUGCCAAUCAUAGAAAUGAUGCUGGUGGUCUGUUAUUAUAUCCAGAAAACUUUGGUGUCGUAGCAUACAACCCUACUACGAACAUGUCCCACUUAAGAGAAAUAAGGAUCAAUCGUAUAAUAGGAUAUGUUGGAUUAAAAAUGAACAAGAUUGAAAACAUUAACAACUACACCUUUGAAUUCUCUACUACUGAAAACUCUGUUAUUGUUAUGAAGCGACGGAUUGCCAGUCUAUCUUAUCUUUAUGAAUACUAUGACCGAUUUUCGGGACCUCUGACGAAAAAGAAUACGAUGAUCACUAUUGACAUUGUACCAACUGAUCCUUAUACAUAUGGAUGUGGUGCAGAGAAUCCGGACAUUUUCAAUACAAAAGGAGUUGUAUUUAAUAAUCAACAUAUUCAAAAAGGAGCACAUUACCAUACAGAAGUCAAAUGUACUUUGAAUGCCUGGAAAAAUAGCCCAAUAGGUUUCUAUUGCCCAAAGCAGUAUGUAUUAGAGCCAGCGGAUUGCUUUAAUAGUGCGUAUUUGGUCUCCACUAAUCACGUAGUUCGCUUAGAUGAAUAUGCUCCUCAAGGGCGUGUGUUAAAUUCCCCCAAUUUAAGGAUCAUUGAUUUCACCGGUCCUAAAUCGGUGAAAUAUACGAAAAAAUAUUUAGAAGAAUCUUUACAAUGUAGAUGCCGUCGUAGAGAUGGUACCGUCAUGGCCACUAUUACCAUUGACCUAGGUAGGCCACGUGAUAAAUAAGAAGAUUAAAAACUUACAAAUGCCCAUUUAUAGCUGUAAAAGUUAAGGCAAUAUUGUAAUAUGUAGUAAUUAGUCUUACGUAAAAUAUUCAUUUA